AUGCGUGAAUGAUUCUUGCGAUUCUUCAGAAAAAUCUCUCGAUGUAACUAUCUAUCUUUCACGCCUGCAAUUUUUCUUCCUGUAAUCUGUGAAACUGCAAAGAAGGAGGAGACUAUUAUGCAAUCAAGCCUAUUUCAGAUUUCUCCUGUACUUACACUUACUGGACUGCAACUGGAUGCCACAAUUUCCCUUGUUUCUCAACUUAUUCUUGACUUGGAAAGUCAGAUUGCCACUUUAACACAACUUGAUUUAGAUCAGCACCAUAUCCUUCAAAUAAUUGCUACGGACCCAGGAAACGCUUACCUUCAAGACGAGCUAACAUCAAUUCGAAACCAAUGGACUGCCUGCUUGACACGUUGUGCUGAUUUAGAGUACUCUUUAGAAAUAGGAAUAACCACACUUGAGCAUUCUCUCGAUCUUGCGGUUCUUGUUACUCCUCUCUUUUCCAAAGAUGAUCUUUCCUUGCUUGAUCGAGCUGGAAAUAAUCUGACCAUACUGCAGAAAACCUUUGAAAAUCUCAAGAAGGAGCACAGUCGCCUCAUUCAAAUCUGGAGUUCCCGCGUUUCUGAACAUAUUCAAAUGGAGGAACUACGGAUUGCUGUUGAUGCAUUACUGCUAUUAAGGGACACUUGGAUACCAGAGACUACUCAGCUGACUACUGAACUUCUGAUGACAGAUCCCGUUGUUGCCUUCCCACCUGGUUACGAUUUUAAUUCUCUUAUUCAAGAGGUGGUUAGAUCAACUGAAGAGAAACCCGAAAAGCUGUCAGAACGUAUCAGUCAUAUAGUAGAACUUGCCACGAAGGCUCUAACUACGUCUAACCUCACUCCAAUGCAGAAAGCGCAGAUUUUACUUUUAAAAGGGAAAGCUCUUAAUGUUAUUGCGACGCUUACGCAGGAUACAUCUGAGGUCAAAGUGACCCUUGAAAGAGCUCUAGAGCUUGACCCUGAAUUAGCUGAUGCAUGUUGCGAGAUGGGUGAGUUUGAGUGGUUGACAGUUGGACCAGAAGCUGCUCUUAACUCCCUUAAAAAAGCCCUAAAAAUUGACAGUCAAAAUCCACAUAUCCUUUGGCGGCUGUCAAUGCUAUUGCGACAAUUGCCAAAAGAUUCCCCAUCACUAUGUGAAUUCCUCUCAAAUUCAGAAUUUCCCGAUCUCAUUUACCAAGGUGAUGAUGUCGACGCUACAGUUGCAACUUCUCUUCGAUUGGCUCAUGCUGCUGUUCGAGCAGCGAAAGCUAGUUUAGGUCGGGCUUGGGAGUGUUUGGGCAAUGCUCUCUUCACAGCUUCGCUAGGGGAUAGUUCGGGUGGUGGUGUGAUCUCUCGAUCACUGGCGGCUUUCGCCCAAGCAGCUAAAUAUUCUGACGUGGUUUCUCAGCCGCACUUUCAUUUCAAUCGGGCUGGCGCCUUGAAUUAUGUGGAUAAUUUUAAUGAUGCUCUCUCUAGUUGGUUUCGUGCUUCUCUGCUUGACCCGGCUUGGCCAGCUCCUCGUAUUGCGGCUAUGCGUUGCCUCAAAGCUCUUCAAAAAAUGCACACCGCUGUUUCUACACCACUGCAAUCUCUUGAUAAGAUUACUCGUAAACGUGUUGCGACUUUGAUUUCCACAUUAUCUGCACCCAAAUCAAAAACCCGGCAUCUUGGACCCUUUCAAAAUCUUCGGGAGUGCAGUUUUGACGAAUUGAGUGAGGGUUCGAAUAAAGGAGUGGUGUGUUGCGGUGGCGUUGUUACAUCUUUACCUAGUGAUAGCGAACUCCCAUUAAAUCUCCUUAUUGUGGAUGCUGAUGGAACCUUCGUAGUUCUUCGGAUAUUUCAGAUAUCGAAGGGUUCGGGCCCCUCUACAAAAGAUGUGAUUACCAUUCCCAACCCUAUUAUUGAGGAAUGCUCAAUUCCUUCUGAUUUGAUCAAACUUCUUAGGACCUUUGAUGCCUGUGUUCGGGCAGAAGGAUCAGAAUCUCCAGAUGACGAUGAUAUAUCACUGGAAGUGGAUGGAGAUUCAAGCAUAGUGGAUAUCAAGUUCCGAAUUGUGAGGGUUCCUUCACCUCAAUUCCUCUGCGUCAAUGGUAGUCGCGUUGGGCGUAUGUGGACCGCAGCUGCUGUCCCCAAAAAUGUUUUCUUUGCCUCAGUGUAG